AUGUCCCUAGUUCUGACAAACGGAGCCGUUGCGCAAACUACCAAGACACUUCCGCCCGAUGAACCCUUCGGUCAAGGCGGAAACCCUGACUGGCUACGCCAGAUAUACCAACAGCUUCAUGUAGUGUAUGGUUCGCCUCCCAAACGCCGCGUGUACAGGACGACGGCCACUUCACCAUCCAAGGACCUUGAAGACCUUUCAAGUCAUUUUCAACACUGGCGCCAAAACCCCGAGUCGUUCUGGGAGACACCAUCCACGAGCUCCACAAACUACAUCCAUUAUAUCCAUAAGGACAAGCCACGCCGGGCACAGCUAUUCCUCCAGAGUGCCGUUCAGCUGGAUUCCCAGAUCACGGAACUACGCGUUCUACAAAGAUUUGUUGCCGUUUCUGCCUACGAGCUCUUCUUACGUAUCGUUCCCAGGGCGCGGGAAAGAAUCUCCGCCAAGCAAAUGGCCGACUUCCUCAUUGCAAUCGGCCUUCAAGCGCCCUCCGAGGACAGUAAAAAGUACGCCGCCCUGGUUCGACGUGGCCGUGACUGGGUUCUAUUUUGCAGCCGACUACAUGAAAUCGAAUCCCAUAACAUACAGAGUCCUCUCCCUAGUCCCAGUGUUGGCGGCGCGGGCGAUACUUUGCACGCCGCUUCCUUCGAUAGCCCUGGCAUCUACGGACCACUAUUUGUCUGCAGUAUUGAUGACUCCAUCUUCGGGUCAAAUGGCCUUUUCGGAUCUGGCAAGCAACAAUACAUUAAGCAAUUGUACGAGGUAGGGCUGUCCAAGGCUGCCAGAGAGUAUGGGGCAAAUCAAACCGCCAAGAUUCUACUUGGCUAUCACCAAAAUCUUUUCUGGCUUCCGAGCACCACUCUAGAAAGUUUAGACUCACUGAUAGUAAGGAAGCGAAAGGCGGAGAUAGAGUGCGGGAACACCAAGAAGAUGCCGAGAAACGAUUCCGAGAGCGAGACGAACCUACGGUGUAACAAUAUGGUAUCCCCGCAACUACAGCAGGGUCAUCAACGUACCUCCUCGACACGGUUAGAUAGCAUCGAUGUUCUUACACCACUUGCUUGCUCUCCAGACUGGUCUAUAGACGCAACAUCACCACUGCCCUUGUUUAGAAUAGAAGACUUGUUUUACAUCGACACGCCCUAG